AAAGCCACCAUGAAGGGUGAGGAAGCUCGGCAGAGGAGGAAAGAGGGCAGGUCCAGGAAUGGAGAGCGACCCCGGCACAGAGGAAAGAGCAAGGGUAAACACAGGGAGAGCAGGCUUGGCAGCCAGGAGCCAGAGGAUGUCUCUCUGCAGGCACAGCAGAAGCUGCUGGCUGAGGAGAAAGCAGCCAUGGCAAAGGCACAGGAGGAGUCAGCAAUCUCAAUCUGCCUGCAAGUGCUCCUGCCCUACCUCCUGGCUGGGCUGGGCAUGGUCUUGGCAGGCAUGGUUUUGGAUUAUGUUCAGCACUGGGACGUGUUCCGGACCAUCACAGAAGUUUUCAUCCUGGUUCCUGCCCUGGUUGGCCUGAAGGGAAAUCUGGAGAUGACACUGGCAUCCAGGCUCUCCACUGCUGCUAACACUGGACAGAUGGAUGAUGCCCAGAAGCAAUGGAAAAUGGCCACCUGCAAUUUAGCCCUUAUCCAGGUCCAGGCCACUGUGGUGGGGCUGCUGGCUGCUGUGGCCGCUGUGAUCCUGGGAGCCAUCUCCAAGGGCUCUGUGGAGCUGAGCCAGGCUGCUGUGCUGUGUGCCAGCAGUGUCACCACGGCCUUCAUAGCUGCACUGUCCCUUGGUCUGGUGAUGAUUGGUGUGAUCAUUGGAGCCAGGAAAGUUGGGAUCAACCCAGACAAUGUCGCCACACCCAUAGCAGCGAGCCUGGGAGAUUUGAUAACCCUUUCCCUCCUGGCAGGAAUCAGCAGCACACUCUUCAAAUACAUAGAUGUGAAGUACCUCUCUCCUCUGAUCUGUGCUGUGUUCAUUGUCAUGAUCCCUCUCUGGGUUGCCAUUGCCAAGCAAAGUCCAUCCCUGGCUGAAGUGCUGAAGUCCGGCUGGCAGCCGGUCAUUGUGGCCAUGAGCAUCAGCAGCAUUGGUGGGCUCAUCCUGGACAAAACUGUGACUGACCCAAACUUUGAAGGCAUGGCAGUUUUCACACCUGUGAUUAAUGGUGUUGGAGGGAAUCUGGUUGCCAUCCAAGCCAGCCGAAUUUCUACAUUCCUGCACUUCUGGAGCAUGCCUGGAGUUUUGCCAUACAAGAUGAGGCAGAACUGGCCCAACCCAUGCACCACAUUCUUCUCAUCAGGAGUGAAUUCCAAGUCAGCCCGGGUGCUGUUCCUGCUGGUCAUCCCAGGGCACCUGGUGUUCCUCUACACCAUCCACCUGCUGCAGGGGGGCCACACAUCCCUGUCCUUCACCUUUGUGAUGUUCUACCUGGCUGCUGCUCUGCUGCAGGUGGGGAUCCUGCUCUACGUGGCCGACCUGCUCGUGCGCCUGAUGUGGAGGAAGGCUCUGGACCCAGACAAUUUCUCCAUCCCCUACCUCACCGCCCUGGGGGACCUGCUGGGCACUGGGUUCCUGGCCAUCUGCUUCCGCCUGGUGUGGCUCAUCCAUGGCACAGACAUGAACCUGGGCAACUGAGAGUGACUGUGCUGCUCUCGUCCCUGCUGUGACACGGUGCUCCCCUCCAGUGGGUGCCUGGCACUCUGUGCUGGCUCACCUGGCUGGGCUGGGCCCCCCCUGCCACCCUGCCACCCCCUGCCCUCCCCACCGUGCCUUACAGCCAGCCCCAGCAAUCAGCACCCACAAACUCCUGCCCUCGGAGGGGAGCAAAGCGGAUUGAAGGAGCACCCCCUGCUCACACCUGCAAACAGGGCAACAAGGAGCAGUUGGGCCACUGGGGAGGAAGGAAA